CACACUUACUUUGUGUUGAUUUUUAGCGGCGGUUGGUCGUGUGGAUACGUCGGAGCAAAGACGAAGACGAAGGCGAAGAGCAGGCGAGCCGUCAACUCAAACAAAAAAAAUAAAGUGCAGCAACUGGCAGUGGACAAGUUGAAAGGGCAGCCAAUUAAAUGUAAGAAGCGACGUCCGCUGUUUAACAACAAGUAUCGUUGAUUGUCCAGCAAAAUAACAGUACUUUUCGCGAGGUGCGCAGAGCGAAAGAAAAAUCAAAGAGGAAAAUCUAAUACACAAAAAGUGAAGAGCCAAAUUGUUGUUAACAGAGUGUGUGCGUGUUUGUGUGUGCUGAGUGCGGUAGUGUUGUUUUAUUGGUGAGAGAGAAAAUCGGAAAAAGGGCGUCGCAGUUUGAAAAUUGAUGUGUGCAUAAAAGUCAAGCGUUGCAGCAGCCAAGAAAGCGAAAAGAGAAAGAGUGGCAGAGAGGCUGAGAGAGAGAGCGGGUGCACCUCCAUAACUGUUGUUGCAAAGGCAGCGAAAUCGUCGUCAUUGAAUGGCAGGCAGCAAUAAUGGACUCGACGCCUAAUGCGGCGGCCCCUAAUCCGAACCAGAAUCGUGACUUCCUAACGCUGAAGCCACUGCGUCCAUCCCGCGGUUCCAGCUCGAAUCUGCGCGCCAGUCGCUCACCCUCUGCCAGCCGCAGCACCGAGCAAAUGUCCCGGGAGCGAGCCAGCGAGGCAGCGGCAGCCACUCAGACAGCAGCAGCCACAGCGGGAGGAGCAACUGCCCACUCAGCCGGCGGAACUGGUGGAGGAACCGCAGCGGCAACGACAACGGCCGGUGCGACCACGUCCGGAUCCGGAGGAGCCUCCGCGAACACGAACAGCAAUUCCUCGGCCUCAUCCAGCACAGUGGCAGCUGCACAGGCGGCUGUCUACAGCGGCGGCAACACGGUGACCGGUAGUUUGGGCAGCGCCGGGGUGGUGGCUCGUGGCUUCCGCAGCCACAGUCCUACCCAUCGGCGGAGGAGUCGCGAGCGACAACGACGCACGCAUGGCUCUGACCAGGGUGGUCUGCUGGCCUACAGCGGUCUCGUUGGCGUCAACGACAUGUCGGAUUUCUUGGGUCCACAACAGGGUGGUGGAGGAGGCGGCGGCGGUGGAAGCGCCGGCACGGGCAGCGGUCUGGAGGAUUCCCGGCUGUCCGGUAACGAGGACUACUACUCGUCCUUUGUCUCAGACGAGUUCGACAACAGCAAGAAAGUCCAUCGGCGCUGCCACGAACGCAGCUCCAGCGUCCAGGCCAUCGACCGUUUAAACACGAAGAUCCAAUGCACCAAGGAGUCCAUCCGACAGGAGCAAACUGCCAGAGACGAUAAUGUCAACGAGUAUCUGAAGUUGGCAGCCAGUGCAGACAAGCAGCAGCUGCAGCGCAUCAAGGCUGUCUUUGAGAAGAAGAACCAGAAAAGCGCACACAAUAUCUCGCAACUGCAGAAAAAGCUGGACAACUACACAAAGCGAGCCAAGGAUUUGCAGAAUCACCAAUUCCACACGAAGAGCCAGCACCGUCAGCCGCGCGAGGUGCUGCGUGAUGUUGGCCAGGGUCUUCGCAAUGUGGGAGGCAACAUCCGCGAUGGGAUCACCGGUUUCUCCGGGUCGGUGAUGUCCAAGCCACGGGAGUUUGCGCACCUGAUCAAGAACAAGUUUGGCAGCGCCGACAACAUCAACCAGAUGAGCGAAGCCGAGCUACAGGGCAUGCAAUCUACCAAUACCGAUGUUUUGGCCAGCGAGCGUUUGCAGCAAGUGCCUGGAGCCGGAACCUCGACGGGUUCGGGUGGCGGCGGCCAGAACAACAACACCGGAACGGGAAGCGGUACGGGAAAAUUCAACAGUGACAAUGGCAGCGAAUGCAGCAGCGUAACUAGCGAAAGUAUACCGGGAGGGUCUGGUAAAAGCCAGUCGGGCGCCAGCCAGUAUCACAUAGUGCUGAAGACAUUGCUAACUGAGCUGGCCGAGCGAAAGGCCGAGAACGAGAAGCUCAAGGAGCGAAUCGAACGACUCGAGACGAGCCAAAAGGAAUUCAACAAUCUGACCGCCACACUCGAAAGUGAACGCUAUCGUGCCGAGGGACUCGAGGAGCAAAUCAAUGACUUGACGGAAUUACAUCAGAAUGAAAUUGAGAAUCUGAAGCAAACGAUUGCCGACAUGGAGGAGAAAGUACAAUACCAAAGCGAUGAAAGACUACGUGACGUCAAUGAAGUGCUCGAGAACUGUCAAACAAGGAUAUCAAAAAUGGAGCACAUGUCGCAGCAACAAUAUGUCACCGUCGAGGGCAUUGACAAUUCGAAUGCGCGGGCUUUGGUUGUGAAACUCAUCAAUGUGGUAUUAACGAUACUGCAAGUGGUGCUCCUGCUUGUGGCCACCGCUGCAGGCAUCAUAAUGCCUUUUCUCAAAACGAGGGUUCGCGUUCUCACAACAUUUUUGUCUAUUUGUUUCGUCAUCUUUGUAAUAAGACAAUGGCCGGAUGUUCAGGACAUUGGGUCCGGGCUGGUGCGGCAUCUCAAGCAAUCGCUGGUGGUCAAGUAAACUACGUAAGCUUGGGAGCCACCUUCUCAUCUACCGGGUAGUUAACACGUUCUUUAGUUAUACUAAGUUCUAAAGUGCAUAUGUUGUAUAUAGCUUAUCGAUAACGAUUAUAACAAUAAUUUUUAA